UGUCUAGAGUUCCCCUCACAUGGCAUGAGUUACAUGAACGUGAAUUACUGCCUUCUUUAGCCGCAUGUUGGGUUUCCAUGUACACUGCCACCUUUUUUUUGUGAAUAAACUUCUAUGAACCAAUCCACUCGUCCACAAAUGGCGUCGCCGGUAAUUUCCUAAAGGUGGUGGUGGGCAGAUAGCAACAUCCAAGAUGAGUGACGAAGAAGUCAAGGCCCAGCUGUAGGCCCUGAAGGUUGAACUCAAGAAGGUCAAACUGGAGAAGAAAGCAGAGGGAGGGCAACAGCUUGUGUUUGCUCCAAAGCUGCGAAAGGUAGAAAAAUUUUCGGGAAAGAAAGGUCAUGGAGUAUCUGUGUACGAGUUCACGGAGGAGAUGACCAGGAAUCUGAAAACACGUCCUACACCGCAGGAAGAACAGGUGGACUUUGUUCUUAGUCAUCUUGAGGGACCUGCAAAGGAGGAGAUGCGGUUUCGCCCAACAGAAGAAAAAAAGAGUCCGAAAGCAGUCCUGGGGAUUCUAAGGGAAGUUUUUGGUGACCGAGCAACUGUUUCUGAACUAUUGUCCGAGUUUUAUAGCACCAAACAGUCGCGCAGCCAGUCUCUUCAAGACGUUUCUGUAGAACUGAUGGGAAAACUGGAGCGAAUUCUCAGGGUAGAUAAAUCCCGCGUGAAAGAAAGAGACAUUAUGUUGAGGGAUCAGUUGGCGGAAAAUGUUUAUGAGUCAUGGCUACGUAGGGAGCUGAAAAGGAUUGUUCGCACACAUGAUACAAUAACUUUUCAUGAUUUAAGAGAAGAAGCAAUUGCUUUAGCCCAGGAUCAGGAAGAGCCAAAGAAGAGGACAGAAGUCACAGUGUAUGCAGAAAAAGCAAAUGAUCACGAUGAUAUUAGAGAACUUAUGAAGACUCUUAAAAGCGAAAUGAGUGACUUGAGGAAAGAAUUAUCAGACAUUAAAGGAACACGCCCAAAGACAGAACAGUGUUAUCAUUGCAAAGAGAAGGGACACAUUAAGAGAAAUUGUCCCAAGAAGGAAAACUAGUGGUGCCCACUGCAGAGAGCCAUGCAGUGGGUUUGACAAUUGGCUCGCACAGUAAUAAUGUAAUUGCACCUUGUCCAACAGUAGUCAUCACCAUUAGCAAUAUUGACAUGAAAUGUUUAUUAGACACGGGCUCUAUGGUGAGCACUAUUACAGAGUCAUUUUAUGAUAAGUAUCUAUCAACAAUUCCAGUGAUUCAGGAACAAUUCAUAACUCUAAGAGCAGCUAAUGAACUGGAUAUCCCGUAUAUAGGAUAUAUUGAAACCGACAUGGUGGUGCAUUGACACACAGUGAAAGACUGUGGGAUUCUCAUAGUUAAGGAUGUGAGUGAUAGAGAAAUACCUGGACUUAUAGGUAUGAACAUUAUCUCACAGUGUCGUGACCUGUUCCUAUCUGAUGCCCAUUUAUCAACACAAUUGAGGCCAAAACGAGAGUUGGAGAAGUGAAGGGCUUUGCUAGGAUUUCUUCGAAUGAGGGUGUGUGUAUUCCAUCGAACUCGGUAUCCUUCAUCAACGUCGUUGGACCUCAUCAUAAACCUGGACGUAAAACAACUGUGACAGAGACAGACAAACUUUUCCCAUUCAGGUCAUGAAUCCAAAGGACUCUGAUGUUUGGUUGAAGAAGAAUAGUCGUGUAGCUCUGGUGUCUGAAUGUGAUGUUGACAUAGCCUCGUGAGCUAAAACGGAGUUUCUGUCUACAGGAGUGAGGGAGGAAACGGUUGUACUGCAUGAUGAUGUAACCGGAGAUCCACCAGCAUUUGACACAUCCUUACUCGUCCCAGAGAACAUGAAGUGCACCUCAGGGGAACGACAGAGAAUUUUGGACCCAUUUUCAAGGAAUCAUGAUGUAUUUGCGAAGAAUGACCUGGACUUGGGAUGCACUGAGACUGUGAGGCACCAUAUUCAAGUAACUGAUGAUGAACCUAUAAGCAUGCCUUACAGAAGGAUACCUCCAAACCAGUAUUAAGAAGUUAAAAACCACAUACAGAAACUUCUGGAGAAGGACAUAAUUCAGCCGAGCAAAAGCCCCUAUGCUUCGCCCAUAGUCGUUGCACGCAAGAAAGACAAUUCCAUAAGACUAUGUGUGGAUUACCGGAAGAUAAACCAACGCACCAUCCGAGAUGCUUUUCCACUCCCACGAAUUGAGGAAUCUCUCGAUGCCCUUCAUGGAUCUACACUGUUCAGCACCAUGGAUCUAGCAAGUGGCUUCCACCAGAUAGCCAUUCAUCCAGAUGAUCGACAUAAAACGGCCUUCUCAACUCCUUUUGGAUUGUAUGAGUAUUGCUGUAUGCCAUUUGGUCUAUGCAACUCACCAGCGAGCUUUCAACGACUUAUGCAACAUAUCUUCAGUGACACAGUUUUCCAGAUAUUACUGGUUUACCUUGAUGACAUAGUAAUAUAUUCUAGGACCUAAGAUGAACAUCUGCAACGUUCAAACAUAUUGUACUUAAUUGCAAUGUAUAAAA